UUCUACUCACAAUAUUCUCACUGGGCUAUACGUAUAUACGCCUACUCCUAUACAUACUUUCUUCUACCUCUAUAUAUACCGAUUCAUCUCAACUAUUCUGAUCAUAAAGAUACUUGAAAAAUUUACUUGUGAAAAUGUCAGCUCCCUCUGAUUCCGCCUUUGCACAUGUUGUUCGUGCCCAUGAAGAUCCAAUCCUUGGGGUCACUGUUGCUUACAACAAUGAUCCUAACCCAGUAAAGCUGAAUUUGGGCGUUGGCGCUUAUCGAACUGAGGAAGGGAAGCCCCUUGUUCUUAAUGUGGUGAGGCGGGCUGAGGAAAUCCUUGUAAGCAAUAAGGCUCGUGUGAAAGAGUAUCUGCCCAUCACUGGACUGGCCGAGUUUAACAAACUGAGUGCAAAGCUAAUAUUUGGUGCUGAUAGCCCUGCCAUUCAAGAGGGCAGGGUGACUACUGUCCAAUGCUUGUCUGGAACUGGUUCAUUGAGGGUUGGUGGGGAGUUCCUGGCUAGGCACUAUCAUGAGCAUACUAUAUACAUUCCUCUGCCAACAUGGGGAAAUCAUCCAAAGGUUUUCACAUUAGCUGGAUUGUCAGUGAAGACCUACCGCUACUAUGACCCAGAAACGCGGGGCUUGAAUUUCCAGGGAAUGUUAGAUGAUCUUAGUGCUGCCCCAACUGGAGCAAUAGUCCUUCUCCAUGCAUGUGCUCAUAACCCAACAGGUGUAGACCCAACUCUUGAGCAGUGGGAGAAAAUCAGGCAGCUGAUACGAUCCAAAGGGUUGUUACCUUUCUUUGACAGUGCUUAUCAGGGUUUUGCUAGUGGCAGUCUUGAUGCAGAUGCAAAAUCUGUUCGCCUUUUCGUUGCAGAUGGUGGGGAAUUGCUUAUGGCUCAGAGUUAUGCAAAAAAUAUGGGACUAUAUGGGGAACGUGUCGGUGCCCUUAGCAUUGUUUGCAGAAAUACAGAAGUAGCCGGGAGGGUUGAAAGCCAAUUGAAGCUAGUCAUCAGGCCUAUGUACUCAAGUCCGCCCAUUCAUGGUGCAUCCAUCGUUGCUACCAUACUCAAGGACAGACAAAUGUUUGAGGAAUGGACUAUUGAACUGAAAGCAAUGGCUGAUCGAAUCAUCAGCAUGCGAAAACAACUUUUUGAUGCUAUACAAGCUAAAGGCACACCAGGUGACUGGAGUCAUAUUAUCAAACAAAUUGGAAUGUUUACUUACACGGGAUUGAAUGCUGAGCAAGUUUCCUUUAUGACCCGAGAGUAUCACAUCUACAUGACAGCUGAUGGGAGAAUUAGCAUGGCAGGGCUUAGUUCUCAGAAAGUUCCUCAUCUUGCUGACGCAAUACAUGCAGCUGUCACCAAAUUAGCCUAAAUCUAUAGUUUACAGAAGCCUUUUGUCAAGGAAUUUUCAGUUUUGAGCUUGACUUUCUUUGUAUUUUGAUACUGCUUGAAAUGGAUUCAAAUAAAAUUCCACCAUGGACACAUGGACAUCAUUUUGAAUGAAAUCAUUUCCCUUUACAGGGAAUUUUUCUUAUUAA